AUGGCAGCCUCCAGUAAAAAAGAUACAACAAGACGAAGUCUUUUCAAUCUCUGGAUCCCAACUAAAGUUGUCGUCUCUGGAACAUCCCCAACUGGCUCUGGAGCAACAGAAAGCCCGGCAUCAGAGCCGAUUAUCCGAAGGGCGGGAAAAGAUCGGCUUCGGGCCGGUGACGAAAGCCCAGAUCCCUCAAUCCCAUCCUCCCCAAGUGGUAAUGGCGAUGAUACCCCAGGAUAUCUGACUGCGGUCGAGUCUCCUCAAAGUGAGCCCAUUCCUGUCACACCUUCGCUCAGCACUCCCACUGAAGGGGUUGAAACUUUGUCUGAACCACUCCCUGACCUGCGACCGUCACUCGAGAGUCAGGGUGAAUUGGCUGUUUUUGACGACGUGCAGCAACAUACCAUAAACGAGGACCCUCUGCCAUCCACUAUCACUGAGCAACCAAGUUCAACAGAUUCAAAAUUUGUCGAUCGCUUCUCGCAAAGGAUCUCGCUAACGUUUGGCCAGCCCACUGUCAUACGUCGUGUGCAUCUUCGGUCAAGACCGAGCGUUAUUCGCCUCAAUCCAGUAUCAGAUGAUCUGAGCAGACAAAGUGAUGGGGCCAAUGAUAGCUCAAGCCCAUCAGCCAGCCGCAGUAGUGGUAGAUCUCCUGCCGGCGGGCAGUCAACUUCACUGACUCCACUCACUUCCGGAGGCCCGUCUCCUUCCUCGGAUAAAGGCAAGCUGCACGAUGGACACGAAACAUCCGUGAUGCAUUUACCCUCUCUCUCCGAGAUGAAUGAAGCUGCCAGCGCUUCAGAUACCAAUCUAAUCGCUAUAACACCGUCUAUAAAAACAGUGGAAGCGACAUCAGUGGCAAAAGUUUACCUGGAACUGUACUUCAACUCCAUUUUCCAAAACAAAGAUCCCCGUCAGCAACGUCAACUCGAGUUAGAGCAGCAUAUCUAUGCGUUCGAUCUCACACCCGAGGAGCGGUUGAUGACAAGACACAACUGGGCCUUGGGAGAGAACGAUCAUCUUCGACAGUGCCGUGUGCUCAAAUCCAAUCGAUGCUGCCCUCAAAGCGAAAGCGCGAUCUCUGUCGCAGGGUACCAAGCCAUAAAGGUACUAGGGAAAGGAAGCUUUGGUGUUGUGCGUCUUGUUCGGCGGAAUGGCUCGGAUUUGAACAGUUCCCCUGAAGAUGGCCCUCUGUCCCUCAAAGACAACGUUGUCCACUCCAGGUCGAAUCCUCUUGGAGCCCUGAUGUCUGCUGUAGAAGGUGCCAAGCAAAGCCGUCGAAGGUAUAUGACCGGCGAAAGGAAGGAGGUAUAUGCCAUGAAAGUCAUCAGAAAGGCAGAGAUGAUCCGCAACUCCCAGGAAGGCCAUAUUCGAGCAGAAAGAGAUUUUCUUGUUGCCUCUGAGGCCUCUCGCUGGGUUGUUCCUUUGAUCGUCAGCUUUCAAGAUGCCAGCAAUCUAUAUCUUGUGAUGGAUUACAUGGUUGGUGGUGACUUUUUGGGGUUACUCAUCCGAAAAGAUACACUUCGCGAAGACUGGGCACGAUUCUAUGUCGCAGAAAUGAUUUUGUGCAUUGAGGAGGCACAUCGACUUUUCUGGAUUCAUCGCGAUAUCAAGCCUGACAAUUUCCUCAUCUCUGCGUCGGGUCAUCUGAAAAUUUCUGACUUCGGUCUGGCUUUCAAUGGGCAUUGGUCUCAUGAUCAAGCUUAUUAUAACAGCCAUCGCUACACUUUGCUGGAGAAACUUGGCAUCGAUAUUAAUGGUGAUUCUGAAGACCAGCAGGAGGUUGCCGAAGUGAAAGAGCUUGCGCCUGAGAUAAGAUUGCACAGUCUGGAUGACCAUACUCUUCAUCGGCCAUCCUCGACGAGUUUAUUGGAUUGGCGAAACAGCAAGGGGCGACGCAGAUUCGCAAAAAGUGUUGUCGGAACCAGUCAAUACAUGGCUCCUGAGAUCAUUCGCGGCGAAAUGUAUGACGGGCGAUGCGACUGGUGGAGCUUGGGUAUCAUUCUAUACGAGGAAAAAUCCACAGACAAGUUAGUCUCCCAGGAAGCCAUGGAUCUGAUCACCAGGAUUCUCCAAGAGCGCGAAUAUCGCCUAUGCUCUCCGAAGUACCAAGCCAAUGAUAUACUGAAUGGACGCCCUGUCUCAACUCAAAUGCUGUACUCCAUGGACGCACGGUACAGAAACAUCGCGAGCUACUACGUAUACCCUAACGAUGCAGCAGACAUCAAGAUUCAUCCAUUCUUCCGAGGUAUCCGGUGGCAAAAUCUCCACAUGUGCCAACCACCAAUGAUCCCUAGGGUCAGGAACUGGGAGGAUACUAGAUAUUUUGACGAUUGGAAGUCGGCCGGCGAUGGUGUCGAGCAUGCUGUCGGUAGUGACUCGAAGGAUCGUGGCCAAGAGCCUGACGAGGCCAUCCCAAAGAAUCAAGAAAUCAGCCCAGCGGAGGACGCUCUUACGCCGCCAGUUGUUGAAACAAUCCCACACGUAGUACAGGAGCAGGAAAAAGAUGCCGAAAAUCAAAAGGAGAAGAAGCGGCCCCGCGAUAAAAUUCUUCGAGACAAACAAUUGAGCAAGACAGCCUUGGACAUUCGCAAAAGGGGCGCUUUUCUGGGGUAUACCUACCGGCGACCCAACGAUGUUGCCUUGGCUUUCAGCAUAGAGCGAGGACGUCAACCCUAUACCAGAGACCAAUUAGCUGGCCUGUAUACAUCGUGA